AUGUCCCAAUCCUGCGGCCAGCGCCCGGUGAUGGAGACCAGCGACUGCACGGAGGAGACCCCGCUGCCUCUGGCGCUGACCAGGUUUCAGCUCUCCGAGGAGUAUGGCUUCCUUCUUCCUGAUCCUCUGACAGAGCUGCCGGCGCCCUACGGUCCCUGGAUGGAGAUUGCCCAUGACCUGCCUCAGCUGAUUGCGAGCCAUCGCCUCCGCUCACAAGUUCACCAGAUGCCGCAGCUGAGCCCCCGGCACCUCCGAGGGCGCGAGGAGCUGCACUUGGCGCAUCUGGUGCUCAGCUUCAUCACGAUGGGCUACCUCUGGCAGGAGGGUGAGGAGGGCACCGUGAAGGUCCUGCCCCGAAAUCUCGCUGUCCCCUUCUGGGAGGUCUCGCAGGCCCUCGGCCUCCCGCCCAUCCUCAGCCACGCAGACUUUGUGUUGGCCAACUGGAGGAGGAAGAACCCCAAUGGGCCUCUGGAAAUUGAGAACCUGGACACCAUCAUCUUGCUGCCCGGGGGAGAGAGCCUGCGAGGCUUCAUCCUCGUCACCCUCCUGGUCGAGAAGGCGGCCGUGCCUGGGAUUAAGGCAAUCGUUCGGGCCGUUCGUGCCAUCCUGCAGCUCGAUGAGGAGACCCUGCGCAAAGCCCUGCAGGAGCUGGCAGAGGCCAUCGGGGACAUGAGCGAAGCUUUGAAAAGGAUGCACGACUAUGUGGAUCCAGCAGUAUUUUACUCUGUGAUCCGGAUCUUUCUCUCUGGCUGGAAAGAUAACCCCGCCAUGCCGGACGGGCUGAUAUACGAAGGUGUAUCUGACGAGCCCAUGGCAUACUCGGGAGGGAGCGCAGCACAGAGCACCGUCCUUCACGCUUUUGACGAGCUCCUGGGGAUUCGCCACAGCGAGGAGAGCACUGCCUUCCUGCACAGGAUGAGGGACUACAUGCCCCCGCCCCACAGAGCCUUUGUGGAGGAGAUCCACUGUGCCCCCUCCCUGAAGCAGCACGUGCUCUCCUCCGGAGACGCACAGCUCUGCACGGCUUUCAACCAGUGUGUCUCUGCGCUGGCAGAGUUCAGGUCCUGCCACAUCACCAUCGUCACCAAGUACAUCACUGUCGCAGCAGCCAAAGCCAAGGCCGAGCAAGCAGAGCCAGGCAACAGGGCUGGCGCCUCCGCGGGGAAGCCCCCGUCCGCGCUGGAGGCCAAAGGGACCGGUGGGUCCCCCAUCUUCAGCUUCCUGAAGAGCGUCAGGGACACCACCAGGGAAGGGAUGAUAAGUGCCUGACUUGCCCUGAGGGUUUGCAAGGCACUGCUCAGAGCGGCUGCAGGAGGCCAAAUAGCUCUGGUGAGCGUCUGCAGCCCACGAACCAAAAUCCGACUGCAGCAACCUUCACCGAAAACCUCCU